UAUAUAUAUUCUCAAACAGUUUGUGUACAAGAUAGAUUUAUUAGAGCUAAUGACACUAUUAGAAACAAGAGAAAGGAGCGAAGGGAGAAAGAGUUAAAAAAAGGCUGGGAAGGAAGGAAGAAAAGUCGAAGAAAAAGAAACGGGCGAGCGCAGAGAUUGGCGCUCGCGCGCACUGCGCCGCGACCUUUAAUGGGCGCUGAUGGGCGCAGCCUCCCUGGAACCUGGAAUCCGAUUGCUUCCCCCCCAGUCGCGGAGAAUCCGUGUUCCCGGUCGAGACACGAUUCUAUCUCUCUCUAUCUCUCUCUCUCUCUCUCUUUCUCUCCUUCCCUCCCUCCCUCUCCUCUUCUCUUUCUGUUUUCUUUUCCGCGAGAUAUAUUCACGGGGAAGAUCGUCCGUUUCGUCGGUGUCCCGACCGGCGUUUCGAACGCACUGCCGCACCUCCGUGCUCCGUCCGCCCCGAAAAAGUAGCUCGCGCGCGCCUCGCUACGCACAGAGGGGUUGCCGAUAGUGUCGUAGGCCAGCGUGAAAGCCGUUGACCCGCACGCGAUCAACCCCUCCGCUAUGUGAAUUCGCACUUAUUUUGCGACUUUAAAAGGUGCGCGCGUGAGAACGUCUUUUCGCGUCGCUAGGUCGUUCGUGAUAGGAAAACACUGAAACAAUGUCCUGCAUGCGUCGCCGCUGUUUCAUCGUCGUGACAGCGUAGUCGGCCGCUCGUCUUUAAGAUACCGACAAGUUCCUCGCUUCUUUCCGUCAGCUCCGGAAUUAUAUUAAGUGUGUGUGUGUGUUUACCUCUGACCGCGAGUUAGUAGAGUAAGAUGAUUAUGUACACGGUCGCCGAAGAUCAUAUGGGCGAUAAUGAGAUCGCGCAGGUGAUCGCGUUCAUAUGCGGGAUCAUAGUGAUACUGUUAAUGAUAAUGGGUCUUGCAUCUACCGACUGGCUGAUGGCUCUGGGCUGGAGGCAGGGUUUGUUCGCUCACUGCAUCGAGGAAGGUGCCCCAACACCUCUGCCUUUCAAUAUGCCUGAUCCUCCAGGAUGUUAUCAAGCCAGAGAUAACGCUUAUAUAAAAGCAGCCGCUGCCUUGUGCGUGGUGUGUCUCUUGACAGAUAUCGCUGCGACGAUUCUCACUGGGCUUGGCUUGCGAACGCAAGAUCACAGGGAUAAGCACAAAUACUACAGAUUCGCAGUAUUUUGUAUGGGUAUUGCACUGGUGUCUCUUUUGAUCGCACUGGUCAUAUAUCCUGUAUGCUUUGCGGCAGAACUGAAUCUCGGUAAUCGCACCAUGUGGGAAUUUGGUUGGGCAUACGGAGUCGGUUGGGGUGCAGCUAUUUUUCUGUUUGGAGGAGCGGUACUGCUGCUGUGCGACAAGGAAAGCGAAGAAAUUUAUUACAAGGAAAGAAAAAUCGUUCGCGACGACAUUGGAGGCGGUAAUUCCAUGAUCGGUAUGGGACAUCACGCCGGACGAAGUGGAACGCAGCUAGCCUAGUGGCAUUGCUCCCUGCCCGAUGUUGUUCUCUAGGUGAUUUAUUUUUCUGCUCUCACAGUUCGACACGGGAAGACGUACAUGCCUAUGAGAAUACUUGAGAGUUUUCGUUAUCGGUGAUUUCGAGAUAUCCGGUAUAUAGUGAAUCUGUUCAUUAGAUGAGUAUUCGAGUUACUAUCAGUUUAAUAUAGGAUACAUAAUGUCCUAUUAAAGGAACGACAAAUAUUUCGAUCCUCUUAUUUCCGACUAUUCCUGAUUUAGCAAUCGCAACUUUUAUACAACAAUUUUGGGACCAUUAUUAGCUGAAUUCCGUUACACUUCCUACAUUGUGCAUAAUCUUGAACAAUUUUAUACACACGCGUGCGUUCGCGUAUAUAGUGUUUUUACUGUGAUUUAAAAUUGGAAAAUUUAUGUCCACACGUGACGAUGCUGCAUUUAUUAUCAGUCAAAUUGAUAAGGAUAUUGUAUUUAUUAUUAUGUCUAACAUACAAAGAAUCUUUUUCCAGCGUAAAUUUUAAGUUUUUUACGCACAAAUGGAGACACGUACACAUACACAUAUACGCCAAGUUCGGAUUCAAUUUGUUUUUGAAUGAAGUUUCAUCCGACAUCUUCUCCUUUAAUAUCGAGUAUUAAAUAAAGCCAAAUAUGAA